AUGUCUUACACUUGGAGAGGAGCUCUGCAAUGGUGGGACGAUUGGCAACUGCGUGUCCUCGUCCUGGGCAGCCUGGGCCUUCAGUGGUUCCUCCUGCUGGCUGCCCCGAUGCGCAAGUACGCCCUCCCGCGCGUCUUGAGGACAUUCAUCUGGCUGGCGUAUAUUUCCAGCGAUCCUCUGGCAAUCUACGUGCUCGCCACCCUCUUCAAUCGCCACGCAAAGACCAGCAACUUUGGCGGUGACACCGACAUUGUCGCCGGGAUCGGGAGCGAGCAGCAGUCGAGCAUCCUGGAGGUCCUAUGGGCUCCUAUCCUUCUCAUCUACCUCGGUGGGCAGGAGGGAAUGAGUGGCUACGAGAUAGAGGACAACAAGCUGUGGGGGAGACACACCGUGACCUUGGUGUCCCAGGUGGCCGUCGCCUUGUACGCCUUCUACAAGUCGUGGCCUAGACCCAACGACCCAAAGCUAUUGGUGGUCGCGGUUCUUCUCUUCUUCGUCGGGGUCAUCAGCUUCAGCGAGAAGCCAUGGGCUCUCAAAGCUAAAGCCAAGAGACUGGCGGCUGUAUCGUCCGGGGUGCAAGUGCCAAAGAAGCCUUCAAACUGGAGGGAGCGCAUGAACCAGUUUUUCUUCGGGGCGAGCCACUGCUUCACCGGCACCCGGAAGGCACAAAGGUAA